UAAGGUCGAUCGUUCCUCGCUUUCCACCUGAGAACUUGUACUUUCGCCCUCAAUAAUCCCUUGCUUCUUGUGCUCCCAUAAUUUCUACGCGACUGUUUGGAACUUCUACCGUGCCUUGGGCGCGAUGAGCCCUCGUAAAGCCCUUUGGGCAGUGGCAUUGAGCGUAUGGAUUUCGAGUUGCAAUGCCUUGCCCUCAGUUCCUGUUGCGACCGACCCCAUUGUCACCACCACCACGAUCUCAACGGUUCUGCCAUCUCUCGUCACUGUUUACUCCGUUGUCCCUGCUACCGAUGACCAGAAUGCGAUAUCAACAAUCACAACUACAAUCGACGGUCAGCAGACGAUCGUAACUUCGCCUGGCGGAGUGAUCGCUGGUUCCAGCACAAGUACUAUUAUCUCCACAAUCUCUUUGACGACUACGCAAGUAGUCGUCAGUACCAUUGGAUACUCGACAGUGUUCGGUCCUGAACCAAUCGCAGCGACCACUCCUGCAGCCGUCGCUUCCGAAGCAGCAACGACAAACCCAGUCACCCCAUCAGCUACUUCAAGCAUUCCGCUUGUCGUGUCGACAACUCCACCAAUCGAAAUCAUCAGCUCCUCCAGCACCAGUAGUGUAACCAUCAGCGACACGAGCACAACGGAUUCGACUUCAAUCUUGGCUCCUACAGCAGCUGCAACCGGUGUGUCCUCAUCGUCUUCCUCGUCGCCAUCCGGAUCACUAUCUUCGGAAGCCAAAGCUGGGAUUGGUGUUGGUGUUGCGAUAGGUGUACUCGGACUCAUUAUUGUAUCAUUUUUCCUGGGUCUACGCUGUUCACGACGUCGACGAAACAGGAAUGCCCCCGAGGCGCUUCCCGGGCCGCCCUCUGAUGCCGAGGAGAAGGAUGCUUUCCAAGCUGGCCGUCCAUAUGAGGAGACCAGAACGGAUCGUUAUGCUGUCGAUCCAUUGGCUGGCAAAAAUGGUUAUUCUCGAGCCACAACGGAAAUAGGCAGUGAGUCUCCAGGGGUGAAGUCCCACGACAUGUCGAGCCCAGUUGCUCCCGCCUACCACAGCAACAACAACGGCGAUCUGUCAGCCCUUCCACAAUUCAAGGACAACGACAUGUACGUUGGGGUGCCGACCUACAUGUCAGGCUCUAAACGAUGGAGCAUGAAAGAGUAUGAAAAGUGAUGGCCUCACCAUAGCCAGGGUUCUGGUUUGGAUUUCGACCUACCCCGGACACAUCAACUCUGACAGUAUCGCGUUGGCACAGCGUUGUUUCUUCGAGAGACCCACCGAAUACAUCACCUCAUCCAUGCGGUCGACGUCAGUUGUAUAAGUGAUCUCUGCACGAGCUAGGAAUUACCAUCCGGAAACCGCAAUUUGCACCUAGCGUGCUGCACAACACUCGAUCGACGACUGCCCACCCUUCGACAUCGAGCCAUAUUUCGUCAGUAUUGCGCGAGCACGCCGAUUGCCAUACUUCGCAACAGGAGGAACUAUGAAAAGGCUUCAUUGGCGACUCCCACCGAAGCUGCAACAGACCAACUGCGUUCACCAGAGGCUUGCCGCAGCAAACCUGUAACGACUCACCAAAUCGGGCAGUUGUUGCAUAUUGAACCCCACGGCGUUCCAUGUAACGGUCCCCAUUCAGAAAUACUACGACGACCGUCACGAAAUACACAGAUGCAUUCACUGUCGCUGCACAUUGGGCCUGGCUGGGCGAUCACUAUUCCUCGCCCUACUCACAUGCACGGGCUGAAAUCAUCGUUACUGGCCCCAGACAAAUGGGCGGAACCAAUGGCGCGGCAGCGGGGUGUGAGGCUGGAUGCGAGGGGUUGUUAAUGUCUUUCUGCUUUACGGGUAGACCAAGUUUUGUGAUCGCCUCGUCGCCUAGCUGAUCACUGUUUUGCCCAGUCCGCCAAACUGAUAAGCGAAUCGGCUAAUGGAAAAGAGGCGCUGUCUGACGCCGGCCGUCGCCAAUCCACAGGGAUAUUGCGGGUGAUAUGUUAUCGAGUACCUACGAGUAAGGUACGGAGUAUUGAGGAUGAUAACUCGUAUGGAUAAGAUGCGUACUGUCCUCGGGUUAGAUUGAGGACAACAGCGUCAGUAACCGACCCUUUCUUGCGAGACCAAGGACAAGGCAGGGAAGUACCUACAUACAUAGAGGUGCUAGAGGUACCUGAUUAUUUCGCGAACCAGCAGA